AUGGACUUCAUCGCCGAAAGGAUGGGUGUGAAAUUGACCACAUAUGGCUCUUGUGAUAUGGGGCUGCGACGUUCAAGUUCAGAACAGUUGCUUAGAGAUAGUUAUAGUAAAUGGUUAUUUGGUUUCUUAAGAAACCUUGGUACAACGUCACCUCUGCUGAUUGAGUUGUGGGCAGUUUUUGAUGGGCUCCCACUCUCCUGGAAUAAGGGCUAUCGGCACAUUGUUCUUGAAAUUGACUAUUUAGAGGUCGAUUGUAAGGUGAGUAGCACACAUGAUGGGGAUAAUAACAUUGCUCUAGUCCAUAAUUUCUUGGCCCAUAUGGGGUCUGGUUCCGGCUUUGAUCUAAGUUUACUACGACUGCCACCUGCAAAUGCUCUCUCAAGUUCAACUAUACUAUGUGAUGAUAUUGCUGGUUCUUUGCCCCAGCGCCUGUGCUUGUCUGUGGAUAAUUAG